CCCUCACAAAUAACAGUUUCCUUCUCCUAAAGAAGACGAUGCAAAGCAAAGCCCCGUCCACCUGCAUCGCAGCUCCUCGUGUGGGCAAGGGGAGCGUCUGGAGCUCGUCCACCUCUUUCUUACUUUUUCCUAAGGAGCUAGAUGAGGAAAAUCUAUCCCGUUUCUGUAUCUCUCUUUUUGUUUUUUUUCCAGAAACAGGGAGGGAGACAGAGGCUCGUAUUGAAGCCAACCAGCUGCGCUUCCGAGUGGGAAACUCUGGACUGAUCCCAUGGCUUGCUUUUCGUUUCAUUAAUACUUCAUUAUCUCUGAAAAUGAACCUUUUGUGAAGCUCGUCUCCUAACUCUCCUUAUUCCUCUUUCACGAGGUGGCUGCUGUGCAGAGGAAGAAAUGGCAUGAAGUAAAUGACUCCAGUAUAAAGCAAUCUGCUUUGCCAAAGUGCCCAGUGAGCAGCACUGUCACUUUAAUAAUUCCAGGUCAAGGGAUUGCUUUCCUCGUUUUCAAUCCUCUCUUUUAAUACAUGGGAGGAUCAGAGGGACAUUAAAGACCGUAAGGCUGGGUGGCUUGCAGAUAAUAAAAAUGAAAGUGACUGGCCAGUGACUUCUGUUGGGUAAGAGGGUGAUAUUUGAAGGCUGUUGUCUGGUGAGGAGGAAAAAGGGACCUUUUCAGUCUGCUGUGUAGUCACCUAAUACAUAGCUAGUGAGAUUCAUUCAAGAAGUGAAAGAAGUUAAAAGAGUCACUUUGGAUUGUUUUUGUCUUCCUCCUUAUUUGGAUUAUUUGGGCAUUUUUGUCCUGCAAAUAAUAUGUUUUUGAGCAUGUACAGGUGGAGUUUUAAGACAGCUGCCUAGAGAUGGACUGUGCCUUAAUUGUAUUACAUAAAAUCUUUUAAUUUUCAAACUUUGCUGCCAGAAGAGGAGUUAUAAUAAGGUUUUAUAUUGCCAAGGAACAUUUUGUCUUGUAUUUUUAUAGAUUCAAAUAUAUUUUAAAGAAAUUGAAAACAUCUCUUAAAAAAAAAAUCAAAAAGCUUCUUUUUUUCCCUUUUUUUUUCUUAUUUGUGGGAAGUAUUGGAAGUCCAGUACAAGAAAACAGCAAGUAUUGAUAGAAAUGAAGAUGGAAGCUGCAUUUCCUAACUGAACUGUAAAAGUGUUUUGCAAUAGAUGAUAGCCAGUUCCUGACCUCGCAAAGUGUUCCAGCAGUACAUCGUUAAUACCUAUAAAUAAGUGCUUGCAGCCAGAUUCAGAAGUAGGAAGAAGAAUGCCAGUCAAGAAGAAAGAUACUGACCGAGCUUUAGUGCUGCUGGAAGAAUACUGUAAAAAACUAAGGAAGCCAGAAGAGCAACAACUGAAAAAAGCCAUCAGAAAGGUGAUGGGCAUCUUUAAGAGCAGCUUGUUUCAAGCACUUCUAGAUAUUCAAGAGUUUUAUGAAGUGACACUGCUAAAUUCCCAGAAAAGCUAUGACCAAUCUCUGCCUAAAGCUCCACUCAAACCUGCUCCAGCCUGGAGCAUCUCCUCCCCUCCUUCUAGCAAGAUAACCUCAGAAACUCUAAGCAGCUCAAUCAGCCCCUCAGUAGAAAAAUAUCGUUAUCAAGAUGAGGACGCUCCACAUGAUCAUACUUUGCCUCGAUUAACCCACGAAGUGAGAGGCCCAGAGCUUGUUCAUGUGUCAGAGAAGAACUUGUCUCAAAUAGAGAAUGUCCAUGGAUAUGUCUUACAGUCGCACAUUUCUCCUUUGAAGGCAAGCCCUGCCCCUAUAAUUGUCAACACAGACACCUUGGACACUAUUCCUUAUGUCAAUGGAACAGAAAUUGAAUAUGAAUUUGAAGAAAUUACUUUGGAGAGAGGGAAUUCUGGCCUGGGGUUCAGUAUUGCUGGAGGAACAGAUAACCCACACAUUGGGGAUGAUCCUGGGAUAUUCAUUACUAAGAUUAUACCAGGAGGAGCUGCAGCAGAGGAUGGAAGACUCAGGGUCAACGAUUGCAUCUUGCGAGUGAAUGAAGUCGACGUGUCAGAAGUCUCUCACAGCAAAGCCGUGGAGGCCCUAAAAGAAGCUGGCUCCAUAGUACGAUUGUAUGUUCGUCGAAGGAGACCUAUUCUGGAGACCGUGGUAGAGAUCAAGUUGUUCAAAGGACCUAAAGGUCUGGGAUUCAGUAUUGCAGGAGGGGUUGGAAACCAACACAUCCCGGGGGACAACAGCAUUUAUGUCACCAAGAUUAUUGACGGAGGAGCUGCGCAAAAAGAUGGGAGGUUGCAGGUUGGAGAUAGACUUCUUAUGGUAAAUAAUUACAGUUUAGAAGAAGUUACUCAUGAAGAGGCAGUAGCGAUACUGAAGAACACAUCAGAUGUAGUGUAUCUGAAAGUUGGAAAGCCCACCACCAUUUACAUGACUGAUCCAUAUGGCCCACCAGAUAUUACUCACUCUUAUUCUCCACCAAUGGAAAAUCAUAUACUCUCUUCUGGAAACAAUGGCACUUUAGAGUACAAGGCAUCCCUGGCCCCUAUCUCACCGGGAAGAUACUCACCCAUUCCAAAGCACAUGCUUGUGGAGGACGACUACACCAGGCCUCCUGAACCUGUUUACAGCACUGUGAACAAACUGUGUGAUAAACCACCUUCUCCUAGGCACUAUUCCCCUGUCGAGUGUGACAAAAGCUUCCUUCUUUCAGCUCCCUAUCCCCACUACCACGUAGGCCUGCUCCCUGACUCUGAGAUCACCAGUCAUUCCCAGCACAGCACUGCAACACGUCCACCCACAGUGAGCUUGCAGCGGACCAUUUCUGUGGAAGGAGAGCCUCGAAAAAUCAUCCUGCACAAGGGCUCCACAGGACUUGGUUUUAACAUUGUGGGAGGAGAAGAUGGGGAAGGCAUUUUCGUGUCUUUCAUCCUAGCAGGCGGGCCUGCCGAUCUCAGCGGAGAACUGCAGCGAGGAGAUCAAAUUUUGUCUGUGAACGGUAUUGAUCUUCGAGGUGCUACCCACGAGCAGGCUGCAGCUGCGCUAAAAGGAGCAGGGCAGACGGUAACAAUCAUAGCACAAUACCAGCCGGAGGAGUACGCUCGGUUUGAGGCAAAAAUCCAUGACCUGCGUGAGCAGAUGAUGAAUCACAGCAUGAGUUCUGGGUCUGGCUCCCUGAGGACUAAUCAGAAGAGGUCCCUGUAUGUCAGAGCCAUGUUUGACUAUGACAAGAGCAAAGACAGUGGCCUCCCAAGCCAAGGACUCAGUUUUAAGUAUGGAGACAUCCUUCACGUCAUCAACGCCUCGGACGAUGAAUGGUGGCAGGCAAGGAGGGUCACUCUGGAGGGAGACAGUGAGGAGAUGGGAGUUAUACCCAGCAAGAGGAGAGUUGAAAGAAAGGAGCGUGCACGUUUGAAGACGGUGAAAUUCAACGCAAAACCUGGUGUAAUUGAUGCAAAAGGGUCAUUCAAUGACAAGCGUAAAAAGAACUUCAUCUUUUCACGAAAAUUCCCAUUCUACAAGAGCAAGGAGCAGAGUGAGCAGGAAACAAGUGAUCCAGAACAACAUGUUUCUUCUAAUGCCAGCGAUAGUGAAAGUAGCUACAGAGGCCAAGAAGACUGCAUCCUUUCUUAUGAACCUGUCACCAGACAGGAAAUUAAUUACACCAGGCCGGUUAUUAUUCUGGGUCCUAUGAAAGAUCGGAUCAACGAUGACUUGAUAUCUGAAUUCCCUGAUAAGUUUGGGUCAUGUGUACCACAUACCACACGGCCAAAGCGUGACUAUGAAGUGGAUGGGAGAGAUUAUCAUUUUGUCAUUUCAAGAGAACAAAUGGAAAAAGAUAUCCAAGAGCACAAAUUUAUAGAAGCUGGGCAGUACAACGAUAAUUUAUAUGGAACUAGUGUCCAGUCUGUGAGAUUCGUGGCAGAAAGGGGCAAGCACUGUAUACUCGAUGUGUCAGGAAAUGCUAUCAAACGACUACAAGUUGCACAACUCUAUCCCAUCGCUAUCUUCAUUAAGCCCAAGUCAUGGGAGCCUCUGAUGGAAAUGAAUAAACGUCUUACAGAGGAGCAAGCGAAGAAAACCUAUGAUCGAGCAAUUAAAUUAGAACAAGAAUUUGGAGAAUAUUUUACAGCUAUUGUCCAAGGAGAUAGCUUAGAAGAUAUAUAUAAUCAAUGCAAACUUGUAAUUGAAGAACAAUCUGGGCCUUUCAUCUGGAUUCCUUCAAAGGAAAAAUUAUAAAUUAGCCACUGCACCUCUGAUUACGACGGGAGAAUAUUUAGAAGAAAACUAUAAUAUACUAUUUGGAGGCUUUCCUGUUUUUGUUGCAUUUAUGUUCUUUGCAGUCAAUGUGAAUUUUGAUGAAUGUACAACACAAAGUGUUUGAAGCCAUGAAGGACACUGAUGGGUCAAAGGGUAGGAACAAAAAGACUUCUACCAUAUAAAGCAAAUCUGUUGUGUGCUCAGAGCACCAGUUGUAGGCAUAAACUUCUGACAUGGAGACCCUCUGUCAAGGGGAGCUAGCCACCUCCUGUGCCCAUGCGGACAUUUUGAUCGAUUUCAAUGGCUGAGCUCAGUGUGUUGAUUGCUUUAAAGAGAAGUUCCCAGCUCUUGAACCUCAUAUAGGGCUUGAUCCUGCAAGGCGCUCAGCACUUGACCCCAAUUCCUACACAAGUAGCCCGUUGACUUGGAGUCACUUGUGAUCCUUCCCUGUGCCGUUCAGUCCCAUCAAUUCCAGUAGCACUAUUCAUGUGCUCAAAGCUAAGCACGGGCUUAAACGUUUUGCUAGAUCAGGGCCACAUGCACCUUGCAAAAUCAAGCUCAGAGUACUUGGUCCACUUCCUACUGAAGUCAUUGGUGGGAUGCUCUUUGACUUGACUGGGAGGUGGAUCCUAUUCUAAGCUUGUCAUUGCACAUUUGUAGUUGGUACACCUCGACUUCGGUAACUAUGCACAUCUUUUGAUUUCUGAAACCAAGUCAAGCAUUUCUUUUCUCCCCUUUGGAAACACUAUUGCAUCAGGAACUAGUAACAAUAUAGUUUAUUUUAAUGGAGUUUGGGGGUGGGAGAGGAUGGAAGCAUUUUACAUCAGACACACAUGCACACAAACACAUUCCCAUGUGGACACACACGUAUGAGGAUUCACAGCACCUAUGUUGACAAGGAGGGAUACAACUGGGAAAAGCUUUAAAAUUUUUGAUUGUCUAUUUUAUCAUUUAUAUUGAUAGAAGGCACUUAAAGAUGGAAUAAUUUAUAAAAAUAAAAAUAUAUUGAUGUAUAGAAAC